CCAUGUUGAUAGAACAGGCAUGAAUAAAAGGUUAAUAUCAUGAGCAUUAAGAUGGAGGGACCUAGUAGGGUACAAUUAUUGUCAUCCUAUUCCUCAAUAUGCUCAAAGUGGAAUAAAUUAGUAUCCACCCUCUCCAUGUCCAUGUUUACAAGUAUAUGACAUCAAAGGAUGAACCUAAAAACCAUUCUAUGGUGAUCUUAGUUAGUACAUGUGUAGUUGAUUUAAUUACGAAAACUCGUUUCUAUACAAAUAUACAAAUAUAUAUAUAUAUAUAUAUAGAUAUAGAUAUACAUAAAUUUGAACUCAAUUGAUAUAUAUCACAUAGUUGUCCUGCCAAUUUUGUAGGACUAGCCCAACCAAUUUUGUUACACCAAGUAAUAGUUGACAUGUUUAGUUACGAUCAUAGUUCAUCCGUACAUGAACAAGCUCAAGAAUGGGUUUUUGUAGUUUAGUCUUUUCGAUUUUCGUUACUCACGACCAACAUAUAGAUGGUUUGUUGCUCAUCAUUCACUAGCUCUCUUUUACUAACCCAACAUGUUUCGUUACACCAAAUAAUAGUUGACAUGUUUCGUCACGAUCAUAGUUCAUUCAUCCAUGAACAAGCUUAACAACAGGUUUUUGUAGUUUAAUUUGUCUAAUUUCUGUUACUCACAAGCAUCAUUUAGAUGGUUGGCUGCUCACAUUCACUAGCUCUCUUUUAUUGAUUUCAACAAGUUUUUUAGUUUAGUUUUUCUGAUUUCCUUUACUCACUAGUAACAUAUAGAUAUAGAUUGUUGGUCCUCUUUUAUUGAUUUCAAUAUUUUUUUUUAAUGUAGUUUAUUCAUUAUUCACGAGUCACGAACAAUUUAUUGUUGAUUGGCCAUCACUCACUAAAUCUCUUUUCUUGAUUUAAAACAUGUCGGUUCCGGUCGAACCAAUUUUAGCAUGUAAAUUUUGACAACCACAAAAACUAAAAGAAAAUAUCUUGGAUAAGACCUCACAACCACCUAUUCCAUUAAUUUUGUGUUAUAAAAAGGCAACCCAAAUGUCUAAGAGAGGGGGAGACAUAGUGAAAGAGAAAAUGGAGCUUACAAUAGGUAACAGUCUCUUUCUUCUCUUCCCCCUUCUACUAUUGUUCCAUUCACUUGCUAGAAAAAUCAACCCAAAGCGACUUCCUCCAGGGCCCAAAGGUUACUUUCUCAUAGGAAAUAUGAUGGAGAUUGGUCAUAACCCUCACCAAUCUCUAGCCAAACUUGCCGACUCCUAUGGCCCCAUCAUGACCCUAAAACUAGGCCAAAUGACCUCAAUAGUGAUAUCCUCCCCAUCCAUGGCCAAGCAAGUCCUCCAAUCUCAUGACCAAGUUUUGAGUGACCGAAUGUAUCCCGAUGCAACAACAAUUUAUGACCACCACAAGGUAGCAUUGCCCUGGCUUCCCGUGUGCGACCUGUGGAGAACCCUUCGAAAACUAUGCAACAAUCACAUGUUUUCCGAGAACACCCUCCACAUGAACUAUACAAUUCGUCUUAAGAAAAUCCAACGUCUUUUAGCUGAUGUUCAAGAAAGCGCUACAAAAGGUGAGGCUGUAGACAUUGAAAGAGUCGUGUUUGUGACCACUCUCGACAUGCUUUCCAACAUGAUUUUUUCGGUGGAUUUGAGUGAUGAAUACUCGAAUAUUUAUGAAAAGGGGCAAGAAUUUAAGGAGGCUGUUUGGGGUAUAAUGGAGGAGGCUGGAAGAUCAAAUGUUGGAGAUCUUUUUCCCAUGUUGAAGAAGAUGGACCUCCAAGGAUGCCGGAGGCGUAUGAUGGCUCACAUGAACAAGUUUUUAGAUAUCAUUGAUGACAUGAUUGGCAAGCGGAUGAAGGAGCCAAAUUUAGGGGAAGAAAAUGACAUGCUUCAUAACCUUCUCAACCUUGCAAAAGAGAGUGAAGAUGCCAAGUUCCACCUACAUUUGAUCAAACAUUUGAUAUUGGUCCUAUUUCCGGCGGGAACCGACACGACGACAUCGACGGUGGAAUGGGCAAUGGCAGAGCUAUUAAGAAAGCCAAAAGUACUAUCAAAAGCCAAAGCAGAGCUGAAAGAAGUGAUCGGAGAAGGCACGGCAGUCGACGAAUCCGACUGGGUAAGGCUACCAUUUCUUCAACAAAUCAUAAAAGAAACUCUCCGGCUUCACCCGCCGGCUCCUCUUCUACUGCCACACAAAGCAAGAGAAGACGCCGAGAUCGGAGGGUUCGUGGUUCCCAAAAAUGCUCGAGUUAUUGUGAAUGCUUGGAAGAUCGGGAGGGACAAAGGCGUUUGGGAAGACGCUGAUUCGUUUAAGCCAGAGAGGUUCUUGGGGUCGGACGUUGAUUAUAAAGGGAGACACUUUGAGCUGAUUCCAUUUGGGUCUGGACGGAGAAUCUGCCCUGGCUUGUCUUUGGCUACCAAAAUGGUUCAUUGGAUUCUUGCUUCUUUGAUUCACUCGUUUCAUUGGAGGCUUGAAGAUGGGAUCCAGCCUGAAACUAUGAAUAUGGAGGAGAAGACUGGCUUGACUUUGGCUAUGGCUCGUCCACUUAGAGCUAUCCCUUUCAAUGAAAGUUCUUAGUAUAAAUGUCUAUAUUGGACCUGUGCUGCCGGGAAAUGUGUGUACUCGGUAACUGUGUUCGGUAAUGGUAACUACUGUCUCGUAUAAUACUGUUUGUUUGGGAAAAUUCUAAUCAAAUUUAAACUUUCCAUCACAAUAAGAUUAGAAACGUCGUCUAUUCAUUCUCGUCCUUA